AUGUCCACCCCAUGGGAAGAAGAGCUAUCCAUCGCACAAUCCGCCGUCCUCAAAGCCGCCAGACUCACCAAAACCGUCCUCUCCACCGUCACGGAAGUCUCCAAAGCGGACUCCUCACCCGUCACCAUCGCCGACUUUGCCGCCCAAGCACUCCUCAUCAGCAUCCUGCACGCGCAAUUCCCCAAUGACAAAUUCGUCGGCGAAGAAGACUCGUCUACGCUGCGCAAAGAUGAAACGCUAAGAAAUAAAGUAUACGAGCUGUACUCUGCUGCCCUGGACAGAGCGUCCUCGGUAGACGAGAUGCUUGAUUUCAUAGACAUGGGCGGCCGUGGGACGGGAGGGCCGCAGGGACGAUUCUGGGCGAUGGACCCUGUUGAUGGGACGGCUACGUUUCUUACGGGCGAGCAGUACGCUGUUUCUUUGGCGUUGUUAGAGGAUGGGAAGGAGGUGUUGGCGGCGGUGGUGUAUCCGAAUUUGAGGCUGGAGGGGGGGAGGAUCAAGGAGAAGAGUGUGGAUAGGGAUGGGUUGGGUGUGAUGCUGAGUGCUGUGAGGGGACGGGGCGCACGGAUUACGUGGUUGAAGGGGUUUGAGGGACCGUAUGAGACGGAAGUGCUGGGGAGGUUGCCGGAUAGUGAUAUGCAGAGACUGCAUGUUAUUGAUUGUGAUAGGAAUAGGGCUUCGCAUAGGGAUGUUAUGAGGGGGGUUUGUGAGAAGUUGGGGGCUGAGUUUCCAGGGACGGACGUGUGGUCUUCGCAUGUUAGGUAUGCGGGAUUGAUUAUCGGCGGCGGGGACUUGUUGGUGAGGAUUCCGUCAGGGAGGGAGAGUUGGUCUUGUAUUUGGGAUCAUGCAGGCGCGCAGUUGAUUUAUAGGGAGGUAGGGGGCAAGAUUACGGAUUUGGAUGGACGGGAGAUUGAUUUUGCGCGGGGGAGGUAUUUAUCUGGGAAUAGGGGCUUGGUGUUUGCGCGGGAAGGGAUCCAUGCUGAGGUAUUGAGGGUGGCGAGGGAGGCAGUUGGAGAUGGGUGGGUGUCGUGA